AUGACCUUAUACAUUGCAUCGGUCUUCGAUUUGAAUGCCACUGUGGUGGAGUUAAAGGUGACCAGGUUGAAGAAGCCAAUUGCAAUAUUUUCAUCCUUGCAUGUCUUUGCCUCCAUCCUACAGAAAAAUGAAGUUAAAUUUGACGGCGUUGUCAAGUAUGUGGAGAGGACCUGGGCGCUCAUGCGUAACAAUUUGGACAGCAUUCGUGGCUCUCUUGAGGAACACGUUGGAGAGCAGCACCAUUUCCACCCUCCAUACUAUGAGUCCAUGGUGGCAGCCAUAGAAGAUGAUGAAUUCUAUUUGCACCAUGCACACUCUAUGUUCCAAGUAUGCAAGCGUGCCAUAGUGGACUCUUGGAUGGCUAGCAUGGACGAGAAGAAAGAGGAUGAUCACCAGAGCUCUUAUUGGGACCGGGAGGAGAAGCCGCGUCCAAUUGACGACCAAUAG